UUGCAACUCGCACGGCCCUAGUGCGUUACGUGUAGGCCCUAUACGAAGAGGGUUUUGCGCCUAUAUAGCAUUAUGGCGACGAAUGAACAUAGUGUUAUCAAUGAAGAUAGAUUAACAUGUUGCUCAGUGCCAAAACAAGUGAAAUGUUGUGUUGAUUUGUGCGAUUCUCCUGAUGGUCACAUUCAUGGCGGUUUUAGACCUGAUUCUGAAUGGGUUUACAGGUGUCUCGGAGAACUGACACCAUUGCUGGAUGAGCAAGCUAACCCCGACGCAUUCAUGAAAAUUUAUCCUGCGAAGGUUGGCAAUAACAAUGCUGAUAAUGGUGCUUCGUUUUCAGAUGCAUAUUGCAAUGUUGAAUUUUACCCGGAUGCAUAUCCAAUCGCUCAAAUAUUUCAGAAGGGCCUAGGAGUUCUGCUUGAAUAUUUCACCGACAACCGUAAACCUGCAGACGAAAUGGCAGCACACUCGUUGGAAGUUUUACUCCAUUUCCUCGAAAAAAAUCACUUUACACAGCAAGGUUAUUCAUUGGAGAACAUAAAGGGGAUGUCGGAAACAGAUAUCACUAUAUUCUUGGUUAAUCACUUUUUCGGGAAACUAUCUAUUACUUCAAAGUAUGUCAUAGAUGGGCGAUUGCAAUCAAAAGGAAAACGAAAAGAAAAUGCCUGCUCGUGUUCCAAAGAAGGCUGCAAAAUGACUGGUGUGUUUGGAGAUACAAGUAUUGGAAAUCCAGAAGUUUGGCAUGGGAAAGUUGAUGUUCUCCUGAACUACACAGAUACUGUUCUUAAGGUAAACCAUGAAGAACAGGAAGAUGAUCAUGAUGACAGUCCUGGAAAAACUGCUACAGAGGUCAAAAGACGCACAUCAAGUGUCAGUGAUAAUGAGGAGAUUUUUGCUGAGGUUAUAGUCUUUUCAUUUCUUCAGAAACAGUUACAUCCUUACAGGAAACACCAUUUGUAUCCUUGUAUAGCUGUGAACAGUAAAGAUUUGUUUGUGUACCUUUAUGACUCGGGGCAUGAUGUAUUGCUUGCGAGUUCACCGGUGUCAUUGUUUGAUCCGGACAUGGGCCGCUUUCGGUUGGCUACCAUAUUUUUAUCAUGGUUGGUGGUAAAUCAUAAAUGUUUCAGCAAUGGCCUUUCCUCUAAGUUAACAAGCAAAAAUGCAGGAUUUUUUAUGUGCAAGAAAAUAGAUAUUUUUGAGGAAGGUCUGCAGUGUGGUCAUGUAGUCUCCCCAGUCAAGACAGCCAGGAUUUAUAGAAGGGUGAGAGAUCGUUGCGAAGAUGUUGAAGAUCUUAAUGAUAAAAGGAUACAUCUUAUUUCAUGUAAAAAAUUUAAGAGUUAAAAUGUGGACGAUUCAAGGAAAAGCAGAAUCACAGUUACACCAAUUGCAGAUUUCGUAAUCUUUGUUGUAGCGUUGGUAGAUUUGAAUCCUAAUUAUAUCAGUGUGAUUGUAAUCCAUUUCCUAGUGACUAAUCUGGCACUGUGUAUUGGAUUGCUGUGGUUGUUUUCAUUUUGAAUUACCAACAUCUAUCUAAGGCUUAUAAACUUAAUAGUUAUCAGGCAUUUAUGAUACAUAAAUUUAUACCGUAACAAUCAUCUUUUGAUGGAUAUUUCAACAGCGCUUUAAAUCUUAGUUUGUUAGCUUACAUAGAAACCUACCUGAAGAGCAAGUGAGCUAAUGUCAUCAUGCUUAAUAGGGCUAUCUUGGUAUUGAUUUCAUUUUUAGCCCACCAUCAUCAGGUGGUUGGCUAUUCAAAUCGCUCUUUGUCCCUGGUCCUUCGUCUAUUGUCACCGUCCAUCCUUAAAUAAUCCUUGUUAUCGGUAUUUCUCAGGGAGAACUGGAGGGAUAUUUCUCAAACUUCACUUAUAUUUUCCCUUUGGUCCCUUGUUGUGCCCAUUCAAUUUUGAGUCUGAUUGGAAAAACAAAAUGGCCGACAGGUGGCCAUCUUGGAUUUUAACAGUUUAAGUUUGUUAUCGCUAUUUCUUGAAAAGUACUGGAGGGAUAUUUCUUAAACUUCACAUGUAGGUUCCCCUUGAUCCGAUAGUUGUGCCUACUUAAUUUUGAUUGGGAAAACAAAAGGACACUGAAGGACCUUUUGACCUUUUAACUGCUUUGAUUGAAUACAUGUACUUAAUAUGUAAUUUGCAUAGUGAAAUCACCAUUUCGACCAAAUUUGGUGUAAAGCAUCCUUUGGGGAAAGGUAUUAGACUGCUGAAACUUCAAGUGUUAACGCAAUAUAUGAUGUCAUCCCUACCACCCAAUCACUUGAAAGAAGUAAGCUCUUUUCCGAUUGGCCAAUAGAGCUGACGCGUAUGACGCGUACAGGCAUGUACACUAAGUUUUCAGGAACACGUGUGUUUGUCGUUGUGUAACAGAAGCAGCCCAUUCUGAAACGGAGUGAGUUUUACAAAUAUAAAAAAGCAAUAAAUCAGA